UUCACCAAACCUGUCAAAGUAAGUACUCUUUUCAAAUGUCGGAAUAAAAUCCAGCACGUAAGGAAAUCAAAGGAAAGGUGACCACGCCAUUCCCGCGUGUUGAUGCGCCGAUGAUCUUACGCCUCCACGCUGCGGGCAUCCGUCGCGCCUCUUUCUUUUCGCGAUGGUUGUCGGUAUCAUCUCCUCCUUCUCCUGAAAAUGAGUUCCCCUGGACAAGCGGUGCUUUAUGCGAGGACAGGAGGCUGAGAGAAGCCGUCGAGUGCCUCCAUUUGGUGGAGGUGGUUUGCGUCCGGAAGCGCUUCCAUGUCUACGAUCGCCUCCUGGAAGCGUGCGUGGAGCUCAGGGCCCCUUCAGAGGGCAAGUUGGUGCACAACCACAUGAGGAAAUCAGGAUUCGUUCCUUCCCUUUUCUUGAACAAUCGCCUACUCGACUUGUAUGUGAAAUCUGGGUGCCUGGACGAUGCGUGGCAGUUGUUCGAAGAAAUGCCUCAACGUGAUUGCUGUAGUUGGAACACCAUGAUUUCCGGCCAUGUGAAUCACGGCAGCUUAGUAGUCGCUUGCAGAAUGUUUGAAGAGAUGCCUGAACCAAAUCCUGUUUCGUGGGCAGUUGUUAUCGGCGGGUGCGUCCGAAACAGCCUUUUCUCUAAGGCGUUCCUUCUCUUUCGGCAGAUGGGUCUAUCUGAUUCCCGUCCAGAUUCUGUUGUCUACACUGAGGUUCUACGUGGGGCAGCUGCUGGUGAGAUUCUGGAAUAUGGGAUUCAGGUGCACUCCAUGGUUAUCAAGGUGGGGGUCUAUAUGAAGGAAUUGGUAAGGAAUACAGCGCUUGAUAUGUAUGCUAAAUGUGGUGAUAUGGUCUCCGCUAGGCGAUUGUUUGAUGAAAUGCCUGAACCCGACGAUGUGUCGUUUAAUUCUUUGAUUGCAGGAUAUGCAAGAGAUGGUGAGGGGAGGAUUGCCAUGUUGCUCUAUCGACGGUUCGUUGGAACUGGGUUGAGGAUCUCGCAGUUCUCUUUUGCGUCCGUGUUGAGUGGUUGUGCCGGUGAUUCUUUAUUGCGGGAAGGCGAGCAGGUCCAUGCUCAUGUCGUUAAGACUGGCUUUGCAUCAAAUGUUUUCACAGGAAAUGCAAUUUUAGAUAUGUACAUGAAGUGCAGGUGCCUUGAUAAUGCCAGUAAACUUUUCUCCUUGAUGUCACUGCGUGAUGGCAUCUCAUGGAAUGGCAUGAUUAGUGGCUACAGCAGAGAAGGCUACUCUGAAGAAGCUUUUAACUCCUUCAAAGAGAUGUUGAAAAAUGGUGUUUCUCCUUCUCAAUUUACAUUCUCUAGCGUACUAAGCUCUUGUGCUAGUACUUCCUUUGCCAACUUUGGCCUUCAAGUUCAUUGCCACACAAUCAAAGCUGGUUUUGAUUCCCAAGAAUUUGUUAGUAAUGCCCUCGUAGAUAUGUAUGCAAAAUGUGGCUUACUGGGUUCCGCAAGAUUUAUAUUUGAGAACAGUGGGAAGUGUAACACCGUAUCAUGGACAGUUCUGAUUGCUGGUUAUGCCCAGAAUGGCUGUAAUGAAGAAGCCUUGCAAUUCUACAUUCAGAUGCAAAGAUGGGGCUUUAGUCCAGAUCAUGCUACAGCUGCAGCUGUUUUAAAAGCAUGUGCAUGCUUGACUGCGCUGAAUUGUGGUAAACAGGUCCAUGCCCAUACGACAAAAGCUGGCCUUGGCUCAAAUGUGUUUACCGGGAGUGCGAUAGUGGGCAUGUAUGCAAAAUGUGGGAACAUGGAUAGUGCAAUGAAAUUUUUCACGGAAAUGCCGUCCUGGAACUCUGUUACGUGGAAUGGAAUAAUUGCUGGUUAUGCGCAGAAUGGUGAAGGCAGAAAAGCUCUUGAUUUCUUCCUUAGGAUGGUAGAGAAUGGCACCAAGCCUGACAAUGUGACUUUCGUUAGUGUUUUACAUGCUUGCAGUCAUGCUGGUAUUAUAGAUGAAGGCUUUAGAAUUUUUGACUCAAUGUCCAAAAUUCAUGGCAUCAGUCCAAGAGCUGACCACUAUGCCUGCAUGGUUGACCUUCUUGGACGUUGUGGGCACCUAGAAGAGGCUGAAAGGUUCAUAGAUGAGAUGCCAUUUGCAGCAGACUCAGUUGUUUGGCUGGCAUUACUCGGUUCCUGUCGGAUUCACAAGAACGUCAGAAUAGCUGAACGUGCUGCUAAUAAAGUGUUCGAGCUAGAGACUGGCAAUGCAGCUCCUUAUGUUCUGUUAUGCAACAUUUAUUCAUCAGCUGGCCUGUGGGAUGAAGUUCCAAGGGUGCGGAAGCUAAUGAAGGAAAGAGGAGUGAAGAAAUUAACUGGUUAUAGCUGGAUUGAAGCACAUUCUUCCGUUCAUGUUUUUGUUUCUAAUGACAGGAUGCAUCCGCAGCUGAAGAAAAUCCAUGCUAAGAUUGAUGAGCUGAUGGUUGAAUUGAAAAAAGUGGGGUACGUCCCUGAUAAGAAUUAUAUCUUACAAGUUCUAGAGGAUGAUGAAAAGGAGACAUCUUUAGCCUAUCACAGUGAGAAGUUGGCAGUCGCUUUUGGACUUAUCAACGUAGUUCCUCCUGAACCGAUUCGGGUGAUGAAAAACCUUCGUGUAUGUGGUGAUUGUCAUAAUGCAAUUAAAUUAAUAUCUAAGAUCUCUGAGAGGGUGGUAAUUCUUAGGGACUCAAACAGGUUCCACCAUUUCGCCAAUGGAAUAUGUUCUUGUGGAGAUUACUGGUGAAGAUAGGCAUGCUUUCCCCUCUAUUAAAGCCUGAAAGGCUAUUACUUAAUCUAUGGAUGUUGGAAUGGCAUAACCCUUAAAGAAGAGUUUGGGUUCCUAAGGUCGUUUCUCUUUAGAAGGGCGUCCCCUAUUUCCAUCUUUGAGUGCGUAAGCCUGUCCAAGUGAGUGUCCUCGGGCAGAUGUUGAAGGCCAUGUGAGUCUAUGACAAGGCGCCCCGUACGUGAUGGCACACUUUCUUUCACUGGCUGCUUGACUUAAGUCUAUGUUUUAGCUUGUAGUUCUCCUCUAUCCUUUUUCCGACUUCAAUAAGAUUCAAUAUGGGCAGAUCUCUAGCGAACAUCGAGAUAGAACGGCGUUGACAGUUGGGAUGGGGACUUGACUUCAUGGGAUUCGGGAAGCUUGAGGAUGAGGCAGUUGAGUUUCUUUAACUAGACCUUUCUUGGCAGGAGGGUAUGUUCUCUUUGUGGAGGAAGACGCCCUAUGCUCUGCUUAUUAGAAGUGAUUUCAAGCUUGAGGGCCAGGGUAGAUAUUUGAUGGGUUGACUAGAGGCUGUUGAAUUCCACAAUAGUUUGCCGAACUUGGUCAGUCCAACUGAAUGAUUUCAGAAACAAUAACUGAAGAAGGAGCUAGGUGUGUUAGGCUUAGGCUGAACUAAUACAUUUCAAUGUAUUUGACUCGAAAUGAAUAAGAACGGAACACCACGACUCAUGUGGCAACUGACAACCCACAUUAGCAUGCUAGAGUAUGAUGCUGGGUGCAGUCAAUAACGAAGUAAUGAAUGGCGUGAAUCAAAUUUUUGGGAGAGAGAUGCAACAAAACAAGGCUAGACUGCAUGUCAACCACACGCAAAUUACAAGAGAACCGAACCUAUCAGGUUCCUCAAUUGCAGCAUGUGCAAUGUGAGGAGAACACAUGCCAACAAGUGCUGUUGUAAGAUAUGGACAACGGGAGACACGAAAGCUAAAUUUGCUUGCUUCCUACAAGACAAAGCAGAAGACAACGGCUAAAAGCCGUCACUGAUUUUGGUGGAAAGAGAAUGGCAGAAUAAAAAUGUUUGUAUGUCCUUUUGACUGCCUAAGUUGAUUGGAUCGUCUUGUUGGAAGAAUACCAAUUUUUAUUUACAACUUUUCUCUCGAAGGCCAAUUCGAAGGGUUAAUUUCAUUCUCUUGAUCUCAGAUUUGCAUUACUCGCAAAUCUGGAGAGAUUGCAGAUUUGAAUUACUCGCAGACAAGGCUUGAGUAGAGAAGGCAGUCAUGAGAUGCCUUUGCGGAUUUGAAUUACUGGCAGACAAGGCUUUAGUAGAGAAGUCUGUCAUGAGA